AUGGAGUUUAAGCAACAGUAUAUUUUCAUUAUUACUGCUUUGUUUUUGGUCAACUGUUCAGCAUUCGCUCUGGGCAAUGAUCAGGAUAAUGAAGGCUACUCAUUUAACAAAAAAGGGGGAUCACUGUGCUACGUGUGUGUGGCGGUGAUGGAACGCCUCGACUUUUUAAUCCAACAAAACUCUUCGCUAGAUUUGAUCAACUCCACGUUAUACAAUCUUUGUAACAUGACCACAGGCCUUGUCAAAAAUGAGUGCAUCAAAGCCAUCCCGUGGGUCGAGCAACAGCUCCAGUCGGGGUUUGAUCCCCAGGAGGCUUGUAUCAAACUCAUGUUGUGUAAUGCACCACCUAGGGCCUCCAAACCUGAGAAUGACGACGAUAUAAAGCCUGCAUCACUAAGUGAACCUAUAAGAAAAAUGUUACCGUUUAGUGGGAGUGAGAACAUUAUGCCGAAAAGAUCGAGUAAAAAAUGCAUGGGUGAAUUGUGCAUCGAUCUAGAUUGCGACCUGUGUAAACUGAUUGUGGCUGACUUAGACAAAGAACUAUUCAAUGACAAGGAUAAACUAUUGGCUUUCAUAGACGAGAUGUGUCAUAAAUUACCGCCCCCAGCUGACCAGAUGUGCUUGGAUUCCAUCAACCAGCAGUUCCCCGUCUGGUGGGACGAGAUCUUCCAACACAUCAUCACACCCGACGAUGUCUGCAAGUUCUUAAAGCUCUGCUCAUGAUACGCAUGACUGGUUCUGGUACACUGAUGGCUUACAUCUAUCAACAGACGGUUUAUAAAUAUCAACAUAUGAAUAAUAUAUAUGACUCACUUAUAUUAACAUUCGGCUGAAUAUAUCAACACAUGACUCACACAUAUCAACAUUCGGGCCACAUAUAUCGACAGAGGAUUCGAGUAUAUCAACACACGGCCCAUAUUUAUUAACAUUUGGCUCAAAUGACAACCGAAGGCUAUUACUGACUUCAGCAGAUGGCUAAAUCCAAGAUCGACGAAUAGAGGCAUCAACAGAUGGCUCAUACAAGCCUCUGCUGACGGCUCAUACAAAUGUCAAUAGACUUUAAAAUUUAUUCAAUAAGUUCAAAUGUAAAAU